AUGAGCGGGAUGAAACUGCGCGACAGCAUCCGCGCACCGGUGCGAUAUGGUGAGGACGAGUUCGAAUCGACACCACGGCCCUCGCUGCGACACGGAUACGAUGAUUCCUUUGACGAUUCCAUAGAGCUUGGAGAAUCAGGCAGACCACGCCCACAAAAGAGGCGCAGGCCAAAUACUGUGCCAUUCAACCCGAACCUGCCACCAGCUGCGUUCCCCAGUUUGGGCAGACCACAUCCACCCCGUGAAUCCACGACCUCCAAGCACGAUUAUGCCGUUGGCGGCAGCCAACAGAACAUACAAGUGAGGGAUUUCGCACCUAAUCCCCCCAAUGCUGGGUCAACGUCAACCGUUCCAUUAUCCAAGCCUGGGGUUGAACGAGUUCGAACGAACCAGCUAGAGAAUCACGUCGCUAGUAACAACAUGGAUAAUCCGGUGUAUGCGAGGAACAUGAAUAUGGCGCGCAUGGCCCGUAUGGAUGCCGCUUCAGGUUCAGUGGGCAUGAUCACCUCGUCGGAUAGUGAUGACGAUCCUCUCCCAGAUGCAACCCAGGUGCUUCUUGACACGAUCCCGAACCCCAAAUGGAAAGAUCUGCACAAAGCGAUGCAAGUUGAGAUCGUCGAAAACACAAUGAGAUACCACAGCUGGAGACGUGUUUGCGACCUUCUUGGCCUUGGACCAGAGGAGCGAACACAGCUGAAGCAGGUGAUAGGCAUUCGCAAUAAACAGAUUGAAAGGGAGAACAAAAGACUGGAGCAAAUGCGGCGCAAACAGCGAAAGGCACUCAUGAGAAUUGACAACAGCGAAUUGAAGCUUUUCCAGCCGCCACCUCAACUGGUGCUGAAAAGGAUCGCCCGACAGACGAAUCGGAGCCUGCUGCUCACGAAAUACACCGACCUCUUGAUGUGUCAAGCUCACGAUGUCCUGAAAGCCAGACAGUACUUGCACCAGCACGGUUUACCUCGGAGAUACGCUGGCGAUUGGGGAGACAGUCUGGUGGUCCUGCGAGAAUCCGAGGAAACCUCCCAUGAGCCCGACAAGUUCGAAUGGAAAGAGAACCUGAGAUUCAGUCCGCCCCCUAAUGAGAUCGAGGCCACAAUCAAUCCUUUUGUGGACCCAGAGAGCAGUGCUAAAAGUGAAUUCAUCCAAAGCAUUGGUAUGAGCGGCACAAUGAAUCCAAAGGAUUUGAUUCGACGCAGCACUGAGCCAGAUCUCACGAUGAAUUGGGGAAGGUAUUAUGAACGCAAACCGGACUUGUCAUGGGACACCACAAAGCCACGACUCGGCGGAAUGGUCAAGGUAAAGGUCGGCUCGCAAAAUGCCGCGCGGCUCAGACAAUACGAGCAAGUCGGCUUCAGACCCCAAGGAUUAGCCUCUCCAAGACAAGCGAUCCUCAUGCCCGAGUCACCUCCGCCGGAGUUUCCACUAGAAACACCGUCUAGGGGACCCCGGAAUAUGAGUCACACCCAACCCAUUUUCCAGAAAUCUGCCAGGCCUUUCAGCAGAGUCCUCACUGGGAACCACUCUUCGGUACAUUCUAGCCCAUCCGAGAGCCAAAUUAAGUAUCAGCAGAGAAUAAAGCAGGCCCAGCUUGAAAAAAUACAGGUUGAAGCAGAGGCGAUGCGCCGUCGGUACGACCUCCAGCCAAACAUUCGGGUUAACGGCGUUGGCGUUGGAAUCAGUCCCAAGCAUGGAAAUCCUCAGCCACUUCCGUUGAUCCAGGCGGUUGAUGAAGAUAUACCUUCAAAAUUCUUCGCCCGGGCGUACCGUGGAAUGACAAAGACAAACAUCGACCGCCUCAUGGAUGAAUUUAUCUGCUAUGAGCCUACUGUGGUGCCCGAAGAAAGCGAACCCGAACAACACGAGGAAGAGCAACCUGACGAGCAACCUAGUUCCACUGAUAUCAGCUCGAUCACUGAUGUGUCCAUGGAUGAUGUGAUGCUUGUGCCGACAGACGGGUGUUCUUCUUCGCAGUAG